AUGCAUUUACUCUUUGUUUCCUUUGGUUUUCCUCUUGUUAUAGAACACGGUGUCCCUUGCACUGGGUCAGAAGCCACCUUUUGCAUGAAUGGAGGAACAUGCUUUAAAAUACCCUCGGUGUCUACUCCCACAUGUGUAUGCCGUGCAAACUACGAGGGCAGCAGAUGUGAGCAGUUCCAGCUGUUCAGCUUCUUGCAGGACAGUGAGGAGAAGGGCAUGAUCGCCGCUGUGGUCAUCAUCGCCCUCCUCAUCCUAGUGGUGCUCGGUGUGGUCAUCUACUACAUCUGCAAAGUAAAGAGAAAUGCCCAGAGUCAACCAAAACCUGAGUACUGGAGAGUCAACUCAAGAAGGCCUAGUCAGACGGUGUGACUCGACUUUUCAAACUCAGAUGCAUCAUGAGAACUCGACAUUGGUUACUAAAAGAGGCUUUGAUGUUUUGGACGACUCCAUUAUUGAUAGAGGAACAACUUUACCCAUACAGUCUAUGACUUUACCUUGUAACAUCGCCCCCUUGUGGAGGUCUUGGACUCAAUGUGAAAAAUGUGUCAGCUGCACAAUAGCCCAAA